ACAACGUCAUCAAAAAUAUCCCAGUACGUUGGGUAUCCCGUAGCGGGGUUCCACCGUUCCUGGAACUCGUUGCAACCCCCAAAAACGAGUGCAAUCUCUGGACUGGAAGGACUUAGAUGCAGACUGGAAGGGGCCAGGCGGGAUACACAUCGAAUGCGGAGGAAUAGCUGGCCGUCCGGGUCCUGCAGGUCCUGGGCCCUGAAUAGUGUUCCAGCAGGCGCCAAAGGCAGCGCUUGCUUCGCGGCUGUUUUUGGUUCGAUUGGUUGGGUUUUAACCAUUCACCAAAAGCACCAGAAAUCAGUCAGUAACAACCAUUUUAAACCGACUUCAUACAAACAAUACAGGUGAAAUUUUUUUGCAAAUAUCUUCAAUUGACAACGACAACAGCAACAAAAACAACAACAGUUUUUUGAAUUUCAGUACCUAAAUCCAACUAGAUAUAUUAAGAAUGGCUGAGUUUAAGCCAUCAAAUUUGUGGCCCCACCGAAUGACGAGCUUCCAGUGCCGACAGGCGGAUCUUAACCGCCUGGUGAUGGACUAUCUGGUGACAGAGGGUUAUCAAGAGGCCGCCAAGCGUUUCAUGACGGAGGCGUCAGUGAAGCCGGGUCCCCACAUGGACACCAUCGGGGAUCGAUUGAGGAUACAGGAUGCCGUGAGAGUUGGCCAGGUCAAAUACGCCAUGGAUCUGGCCACCCGAUAUCCGCGCCUCUUCGAAACAGACAACUAUGUGUUUUUCCACAUGCAACAGUUGCGUCUGAUCGAGAUGAUCCGGGAUCAAAAGAUGGAAAAGGCUUUGAAGUUCGCCCAGAGCAAGGCUGCGGGCUUCGUCAAUGUCGAUCCGAGGCAUUUCCACGAAGUGGAGCGGACCAUGGGACUCCUGGCCUUCGACCGCCCGGAAUACAGUCCGUACGGCGAGUUGAUGUACUACUCUUAUCGUCAAAAGGUGGCCAACGAAGUAAAUGCAGCCAUGUUGCGCUGCGAGGAUGCGAAUAAUAAGGUCAAAGAGGCGCCCAUGGAGCCACGGAUGAUGUUCCUCAUCAAGCUGAUCCUUUGGGCCCAGGCCAAGUUGGAGCUUGAGGGAUGCGACUUUCACAAGGUCGAUCUUGGCCAUGGGGACUUUGAAGAAGAGUUCCGCCGAAGCUUCCAGGGUUUCUAAGGCAGCUAAAACACAAUAAUAGUCCAUCGAUCGGCGUCUACUGCGACACUAUAUAUAACUGUAUUUUUUUUUUUAGCAAAUCUACACAUAUGAAUGUAUUUUUUUGGCCAACCUACAAAUAUGAAUGUCAUUUUUUGAAUGGAUGUUAAAUAUUAAAUAUUUCCAUAUCUUGAUGUAAGUUUAAGCAAACUUGCUGUUGGGUUUAUUUUUUUUGGGUGGUGGUUUAAACGGUUUUAAAUGUUCGUUGAUAAGACGCAUUCCCUUUGGUAAUCUAAAAACGCAAAUUAUUUUGUGUCACGUGCCAGCCGUGAGUUUUUCAUAUUGUUUU